AUGACUUCUACAAACCAACGCCCCGUGAGCGUUCUAUUUGUCUGCCUAGGAAACAUUUGCCGUUCUCCUAUGGCCGAGGGCGUCUUUCGAAACCUCGCUGAGUCACAUCCCGCCAUUGGCGAGAUUGACUCCGCCGGUACGGGCGCAUAUCACAGCAUGGAGCCCCCAGAUAGCCGCACCAUGUCUACCCUCCGCCGUCAUAACAUCACCAACUACUCGCACGCUGCCCGGAAGGUCACCAAGGAAGAUUUCUUACACUUUGAUUAUCUGCUAGCCAUGGACAAGUCUAAUCUGCGGGAUCUGCUGAGUGAAAGGGAGUCGGUGAUCAUGAUGUUGCAGCGCAAGGCAAACGCCAAGUCUGGAGCAAAGGCUACUCGGGCGGCGACCGAGGCUGCGCUUAGCGAGCAUGGUGUGGAGGCUCAGGUCGCCGAGGUACGUCUCUUUGGUGACUUUGGUCCUGGCGGGAAGCUACAUAAUCGUGUUGGAGGGGGUGAGGUCGUUCAAGAUCCGUACUAUGGUGGUGCAAAUGGCUUCGAAGAGGUUUACCACCAGGUCGUGCGGUUCUCACAGGGCUUCCUGGACCAUGUUACCAGCUCGGAGUGA